AGGCUAUAAUUCCGUACUGUUGAACUUAAUGGGAAUUUUGAACAACCACAAACAGGAUUCUGGCUCUGUAAGCUGCACCUUUUCUAUCCAAUAGCGUUUUUAAAAGAAAACAAGGUGCUGGAGGGGAAAAAAAUCUCCAUUGUUUUCCAGAGUGGGAGGAAAUAUAUUUAAAAUUCUCCGAAGCUGUUCUUUAUUUAAAUGCUUCUAUCCCAUUCUCUAUUCAAAGGAUUCAGGUUUAUGUGGUUUUAGCUCUUCUGAUUUUCGGCCUCCCACAAAAAAAAAACUUUUAAAGCUUGCAAGUUUUUUUUUCAAAAUUCUUGUAAUGCAAACAAAAUAUUGUACAAAUCGGUUGCGCUUUAUACUGCCCUUUUGUACUGUUUCAUCUUAAAAUAAGCUUUUCCUAAGAUCAGUGCCAGAUUACCUUAUUGGCCAGAGCUGAAGAAGUAGAAACAUGACUAUUAUGAGAAAUCUGAGGAUUGAUAGCAUAUAUUUUCUUGGCUGGCUAGUCCUUGCCUCCUCCAUUUGUUUUGCUGACCAGCACCACCCUGGUGGAGGACAUCAAGCCAAUGCACGCCUUGAUAAGAACAUGGUGCAAGAUAAGGACCACAUAAUGGAACACUUAGAAGGUGUAAUUGAGAAACCAGAAUCGGAGAUGUCGCCACAAGAGCUGCAGCUUCAUUACUUCAAAAUGCACGAUUACGAUGGCAACAAUUUGCUUGACGGGCUUGAGCUUGCCACUGCAAUAACACACGUACAUAAAGAGGAAGGAGGUGAGCACGCUCAAGUAAUGAAAGAAGAUGAACUGAUUAGCUUGAUAGAUGGUGUCCUGCAAGAUGAUGAUAAGAACAAUGAUGGAUACAUUGACUAUGCUGAGUUUGCCAAGUCACUGGAAUAGUAUCUCUAAUAAUUUUUUUUAAAAAAUCCUUUCGUUCCUGUGACCCAGUACAAUGUGAUUGUUUUGAGUGUAUAGCCGGGCAAAAUACAUCCUUCUCUCUGGUUGCUGGACUGGAGCUCCCUUCAGCUCCAUAUGGCUUAGUAAAGAAUGCUGAGAGAUUGCUGUCCAGCAAUGUCUGGAGGGCUGUAGGUUGCUGACUCCUGGUUUAGUGUAUGUUUGUGUAGUCCACCCUCUGAGCUGCAAAAUGAAGGGUAGGAAAACGUAAUUUGUUGAAUCCCUAUAGUUCAGGAAUAUGUUGGAGAACACACAAGGUUACAUUUGGAACUAUUUCAGGCUCCCAUGUCAAGGAACAAUGUUGAGCAAUAUAUGUACAAUUCUCUUUGUUAGUAUAUUUUUUGGCAAUUGGCCAUGACCUGCUUCAGAAAGAGAUUGUCAGAGUCACUUAACACCAUAAGAGAAAUCCAAUAAACAUGAAAGUGCAGAUUACAGUACUGUACUGUGAACUCUGAAAUUGCUCCGUUAGAAAGACCAUAUAAUUUAAUGUUUCUUCUCUUAUUCUAGUUUUUCGAGUUAUGAAGUCAUUUUUUGCAAAUGAAAGCCAAAUCUAAGAAAAAAAUCCAUUCCUUUCAGUGUUUGUUGAUGUCACUGAGAAAGCUAAGUAACUAAUAAUUGAGUCUUCUCAUUUAAAAUUGAUAUGAACUUAAAAUUGCUUAGAUCCUGGCUGUAUUUGGUCCUAAUUUUUAAGCAUACCUGUCUGUCUGUUUUUUGUUUGUUGUCUUGUACAAUACUUUACCGCUUUUGUUCUACCCUAAGUUAUCCUUUUAAAAGCACCUGUAUUUUAAAAUCAGGUAUAUAAGCAUUUGGUUAAAUCCACUUAUUAGCCCCAACUAGAAUAGGUGAUAGGAUCAGUGGCAUUGAUGGGACAGACAAGUCCCAUUCUUUCUAUGGAUCUUUUCUAUUUGAGGGUAACAACGGGGUUUAGCCUUAAUGUAUUAGUGUUUGUGUUAUGCCAUUAAUACAGUAUUUUUCUUCAGAGUUGGUUUUCAGAAAAUGGAGGUUAACUAUUGCUGUUCAAUAAAAUCUUUGACAAAAUUGUUCCUAUAUUAGCUAAAUUUCAUAAUCACAGUAAAAUGCUGCCUUGUUAAGGUUCUAAUUAAUAUGCCUUGACAAGUGUUCAUGGUGUUAGUUAUAAGAAUACUUUUUUUUUUUAUAAAAGUCUUCAAAGAGUGUGUUUAAAUACUUGAACAGUCUGAAUAUGUAAAAGUGGUUCAGAAGCUAUAUAUUGCUUUUGAGUGAGCAACAUCUUAUAGAUCUAAAGUGGUUGGUUAAUUCUCCUGAUGUUUGCCCUAUUGUACAAACCAGAAUGGGAAGCAUACAUUUAUUUAAUCAAACAGUUAUAUUCACAAGCAGAAAACCUAAAUUCUUUCUGUAAAAUGUAUAAAAACUUAUUUUCUAUAUUCAGACUAUUCUUAUAGGACGUGCAUUUGUAAAAAAAAGUUUGCUUCCUUUGUUAACAGUGUAAUAAAAAAGCUGACUGUA